CACACACGCACACACAGACACACGCACGCACACACGUACACACGUACACACCUCAACAUAUACACACACACAUACACACCUCAACACACACACACGUUUGCAGAAGCUAUAUAAAUAAGAGCUGGCGAUAUGAUCGGUCGACGAUUUGACGGACAAGCAAGUUUUUGGCAGCGAACCCGACAUCAUCCAACGUCUAAACGUAUUCGCAGGUGGGAGCCACGUUGUGGAAACUGCACACAAAACAAAAACACAAAACACACCGGCAACAAAACAACAUCAUCAUCGUCCUAGUUAGAGUCAACAAUUCUUAAGAGCCUGGUGAUUAGUAUCUGCUUUAAUUAUCAUCGUAAUUAUCAUUGCUAACAUAACCCGCAACUUUGUUGAAGAGCAACUUGAAAGCUUAACGCUGAUUGUUAAGUUUGGGGCAGCGAGAAAGUGAAAGCCAUUCAGCUAAGAACACCGUGAGGGAGGGAGCGUGUGUAGUAUAAAGUGCAAGAUCUCUUCAGUCACCUUUCCACACAAAAUGAAUUCACGCAUCUAUUUUGGUCAGAGUAACAACAUCAAAUGCUGUCUGCACUCGCUCUGUCUGCUAUUCACUUCGAUUAUUGCCGUAACGCAUGCGCGUGGUUGUCGGUCAAACAUUGAUGCUUUUGGUUGGAGUGGUGUCAAAAUAGAACCUGUAGCUGGCAGUUUGUUUGAAAUUGAUUUUAAAAAUGAAUUUUAUGAACAGGGCACAAUUGAAUUUGAGUUCCGUACUUCAUCUAAGGAUGCACUGUUGCUUUAUAUGAAUCGGCGAAACGACAAAUCAGAAAUCAUGGCAAUUCAAAUACUCCGUGGUUACCUCGUCUAUACGAUUCGAUGUAGCCAAAGCCAUGCAACACUGACCAUUCCCAAGAUACAUGUUAACGAUGAAAAAUGGCACAAAAUUCGAUAUUCAAGACAGAAUGUGGAAGCUAAAUUUGAGCUUGAUGGUAAAGAAUACCACAGUGAAUAUCAACUGAGCUGUGGAGGAUUUACAUCAAUGGUUUUUGGCAGUGUUGGAAAAGCUGAUUGGGGUCGCAAAGUGAUAACAUCAUUGGAGGUUGUAUACAGAACUAUGCAACAGUUUAAUGGAUGCAUAAGAAAUUUAAAAGUUUCCACAGAAAAUGAAAUAUCUCCAUAUUAUGUCAAAGUGACAUCCUGUGUAUAAUAUAUUCUAGUGCAAAAUCCACCCCUAUUUAUGUUGAAGACAGCUGGAUGCUUUGAAGAUAUAAUGAAUGAAUAUUUGGUGAGAGGCUUCGAAUCAACUUCAAACGUAUUGAAAUUCUGGAGAUUCAAAAAACUUCACACAGAAAAAGUGUUGGGUCAAGAUGAACUUUUCAUUCCUACUAGAAAUAUCUAAGUAAAUCAAUAUAUAUAUAUAUAUAUAUAUAUAUAUAUAUAUAUAUAUGUGUGUGUGUGUGUGUGUGUGU